ACCUGCCAAGGUGAAACCAAAAAUCCAGGGGGAAAUCGGCAAGCCUGAUCAACACACAUAUAUAUAUUUUCAAGGAUGCUGCACCAUCUGCCGUAGUAACACAGGCAAAUCCGUGAUGAUUCCUCCUGCUGUGGCAAGCCCUGCCAGUGACGCACUCUUCCCAGCUCUAUCUUCUCAGGAUCUGUGGAGGACCCAAGUGACGGGUUACUCUGGCUCCAUCACCCGCCACAUCAGCCACCGUGCCAACAACUUCAAAAGGCACCCGAAAAGGAGGAAGCACAUCCGCCCCUCCCCUCCCCCUCCCCCCAACACCCCUUGCCCCAUUGACCAGAUUCACUUUGGCGAGAUCCACCCGGAGAGGUCCUUCCGGGAGCUGCUGUUCAACGGGUGCAUCCUUUUCGGGAUCGAAUUCAGCUAUGCCAUGGAGACUGCCUAUGUCACCCCAGUGCUGCUUCAGAUGGGGUUGCCAGAUCAGCUGUAUGGAAUGGUUUGGUUCAUCAGCCCCAUACUGGGUUUCCUACUUCAGCCCUUGCUGGGCGCUUGGAGCGACAGGUGCACCUCACCGUUUGGGCGGAGGAGACCCUUCAUCCUGGUCCUGGCAAUUGGGGCGCUGUUGGGACUUUCACUGAUGUUGAACGGCAGGGACAUAGGCACCGCUUUGACCGACACUGUGAACAACCACAAGUGGGGAAUUGCACUCACCAUCUGCGGAGUUAUUCUGAUGGACUUCUGUGCCGAUUCUGCAGACAACCCCAGUCACGCCUACAUGAUGGACGUGUGUAGCCCGUCAGAUCAGGACCGAGGACUCAACAUUCAUGCCCUGCUAGCCGGUCUCGGAGGCGGCUGCGGGUAUGUUGUCGGAGGAAUCAAUUGGGACAGGACCGGCUUUGGAAGGGCCGUUGGGGGACAGCUCCGUGUCAUUUACGUUUUUACCUCAGCCGCGCUGAUGAUCGCGACCGUCUUGACUUUGAUCAGUAUUCCUGAAAGGCCCUUGCAGUCUUUUAGCAAGAAGAAGGUGAUGAAGAGCCCCAGCUUACCUCUCCCACCUUCCCCGCCCCUUCUCUUUGAGGACUGCACAAAUGAAAACCUCGCCUCUCAGAACCCGGUCCGUCUGUAUGCCAGUUUCACGAGCCCCAUCUCCCCUCUCAGCCCGCUCACGCCCAAGUAUGGCAGUCUCAUCAGCCGGGAUAAUUCCUUGACGGGGCUUAGUGAGUUUGCCUCGUCCUUCGGGACCUCCAAUAUCGACAGCGUGCUCAUAGAUUGCUUUACGAGUGGACAUGAUGGGUACUUGACCAUCCCGGCUAGUCUGCCAAGGCAAGCUAUAAGUGUUAGCUUCCCUAGGGCUCCAGAAGGAUCCUAUUCCCACGAAAGUGCUGCCUUGGAAGUGGGAGAGAAUGUAGGAAUGUCUGGGCAAGAUGGAGAUUGCCUGAGGGUGGGUUCCCUGGAUACAAUAAAGCCACGAUCGUCGGGGAUUCUGAAAAGGCCGCAGACUUUGGCCAUCCCAGAUAUUAUCACAGGCAACAUUCCGGAAAGCAGUAGAAGAAGGAAUGUAACCUUCAGUCAACAGGUAGCAAACAUUUUGCUGAAUGGGGUGAAGUACGACAGCGAACUGAACGGAUCGAGCGAACUCUCUGAACAGCCGCUUUCGAUGAAGCUCCUUUGCUCAACUAUCUGCCGGAUGCCCAAGCCCUUACGCAACCUCUGCGUCAACCAUUUCCUAGGCUGGCUCUCAUUUGAAGGGAUGAUUUUGUUCUAUACGGACUUUAUGGGGGAAGUGGUCUUUCAAGGGGACCCCAAAGCCCCUCACGAUUCCAAGGAGUACCAGAAGUACAACGCCGGCGUGACCAUGGGGUGUUGGGGCAUGUGCAUUUAUGCGUUCAGCGCUGCCUUCUAUUCAGCCUCACUAGAAAAACUGGAGGAAUACUUCAGCAUCCGGACACUGUAUUUUAUAGCAUAUCUUGCUUUUGGACUCGGCACGGGGCUAGCAACGUUGUCCCGGAAUGUCUAUGUGAUUUUAUCACUCUGCGUAACUUACGGAAUUUUAUUUUCAACGCUCUGCACACUCCCAUAUUCUCUGUUGUGCGACUACUACCAGAGCAAGAAGUUUGCAGGAUCCAAUGAGGACGGCACCAAGAGAGGAAUGGGGGUGGACAUCUCCCUCUUGAGCUGCCAGUACUUCCUUGCACAGAUCCUCGUCUCCAUGGUGAUGGGGCCUUUAACGGCCGCGGUGGGCAGCGCCAACGGGGUGAUGUACUUUGCCAGCGUGGUGUCCUUUGUCGGCUGCCUGUAUUCGUCCCUCUGCGUCGUCUAUGAGAUCUCGCCGGGCGAGGAAAUGGCGGAGGAGCAACAGCCCCUCAUGCUCAGCGCGUGAGGUCGGAGUGGAGGCAGAGGCGGCAGGUGGGUGGGUGGGAUCCCACGCCACGAUCCGAUGCCACGGUGCUAUGGAAGAGACAAU